CAAAACUGGGCGGAGUAAACCGGAAGUUAGCUGAAGGGUUUAGAGAGACAAGAGACAGGCGAUUGAGCGGUUAACGGGAGGACUGCUAUUUGUAAAACCGCUUCCAAUAUUUUCCAAAUUGCUAGCUAAAUCAGGAAAACACGUACACUGAAAUAUCAGUCGAUACAUAUUUCUAUAGCCAAUUGAAUUUUAUUCCGUGGAUAAAAAUAUAUUUUAGUUGGCCUCAACUUCGGUAGCUAACGGAUUAGGUAGUCAGCUAAAUAGAUAUCGCGAUACCAUAGAUAUUUAGUUAUUAGCCAUCAAAAAAGUAACUAGAGUUUACGCCUCACCGUAAUUUGGCGGCUUGAGGUUAACCUCAAGAAAGCAACAGACGACGCAUAGAUUCCUGGUUACAGCGAAAGCUAGUUAGCCAACGUUAGUUUCCGAGCUACCCGAAGUGAUCUGAAGAGACGUGAGAGGCUCAGAUUUUCCAGUUUUGACUCGUUGGCGGGGCGUUGCUGCCUUGUCCGUAAAUCUUGAAUAAGAACUAGAUCGUCAACUAAGUGGACCGCAGUUCUGUUAUUCCAGCAUCGAUCAUAAAUUCCCACAGUUCGGUCACAUUCCGUUUUUUGCUUCUUUAUUGCAAAUAAUAAUUUUCAGCAAAACAUCCACAAAUAAUAGAAAAUGGCCGGAGUGAACAGCGUCGAAGCGGUGAAGCGAAAGAUUAAAGUUCUGCAGCAACAGGCAGAUGAAGCUGAGGAGAGAGCCGAGAUUUUGCAGAGACAGGUCGAAGAGGAGAAACGGACAAGGGAACAGGCCGAGGCCGAGGUGGCCUCCCUGAACCGGCGCAUCCAGCUGGUGGAGGAGGAGCUGGACCGCGCCCAGGAGCGGCUGGCCACCGCGCUGCAGAAGCUGGAGGAGGCCGAGAAGGCGGCUGACGAGAGCGAGAGAGGCAUGAAGGUGAUCGAGAACAGGGCCCUAAAGGACGAGGAGAAGAUGGAGAUGCAGGAGAUCCAGCUUAAAGAGGCCAAGCACAUCGCUGAGGAGGCCGACCGCAAGUACGAGGAGGUGGCCCGUAAGCUGGUGAUCAUCGAGGGAGACCUGGAGCGCACGGAGGAGAGAGCGGAGCUGGCGGAGGCCAAAUGUGCCGAAUUGGAGGAGGAGCUGAAAAAUGUCACCAAUAACUUAAAAUCCCUGGAGGCCCAAGCUGAAAAGUACUCUCAGAAGGAAGACAAGUAUGAAGAGGAGAUUAAAAUCCUGACCGACAAGCUCAAAGAGGCGGAGACCCGUGCUGAGUUUGCUGAGAGGUCAGUGGCAAAGCUGGAGAAGACCAUCGACGACCUGGAAGUGAAGCUGGCUAACGCCAAGGAAGACAGCGUCAAGAUCCAUGCCACCCUGGAACAGACCCUGCAGGAACUCAACUGCUUCUGAACCCCCCUCGAGCCGGGGACUGUCCUUCCCCUCCCUCCCUCCCUCCUCUGUUCACUACCCAUUCACACCCCAUACCCCCCUCCUGUGUCCUCCUGUCUCUGUUGGGUGAGUGUAUUUGGGUAGGAAGGGGCAGGGGAUAGCAUUUGUUUGGUGAAGGGAGCGUUGAAUCCAGUCUUGGAACCUUGACCGGCAUUCUGUGCCCGUGUCCUCACAAACCGAUUACAGUCAUCCGCACCCCCUGGUCCUUCCAGCUUUUUGGGUAUAUUCAUCCCACCAGGUUGGUCAGCAGACACCCCACAUUUGAAGGCUGUUGAUGGACCCAGCUGUGCACUAAAAUCACCGCAGGACCUUUGAUUGUCCAUUUUUGAAUAAUUUAUCCAUGUUGACUUCUCUGGCUCAUGAGUAUGUUAAGGAUUGAGGCUCUUUGAGUCCACCAAGUCCACCUAUAGUCUUGUGAACGGGAGGAUGGGAAUUGCAUGGGUAGGGAAUUUUUAUGGGGAAACGCUGUUCUAGCCAAAUGUUCUGGACGUUGCCACCAAAAUAUGGGAUUGGGAACAUACUGGAUCAUGAUAUUUAACCCAUUGCCAUUCCUGACCUACACUACCCCUGCACCCCAAAUGUGACUCAUUCCUGUCCCUACACUUCUAUGAGCCAUUAUACCCUUGACCUCCUUUUUUUAAAGUACCAUUUCCAUUGCAGAUGUGUACAUGCAUUACUGUGCCAACAGUUUGGGACCAUAACCAUGAUACCUUAGUUGUGUAUGUUUGCAUUAUAGAGAUACAGGGGGGACCACUUUGUUCUUAUAAGGGAGAUAUAUCUAAAGUUUACUUGCAUGAAGUUGUUUUCUUUAUUUUGAACCAUGUUCCAAAAAGGGCCAUUAUCUGAAAAUACUGUACUAACAGAACGGUUUUAUAUUCGCUCUCCCUCUCCCGCCUACAAAUUUCAUGAGGGAAAAUGGAGGGAGGGGGGUGUUGAAGCAUAGGCCAGUGAUUCAUUCAUGUAAACAUUUUUAUGGAUUAAGUAGGGACAUUUUUGCCUUUCUUAGCCUUUGUCCUUCCACCAGCUGAUAUUUUUGGAUGAGAGCAGGGAAAAGGAGGGAGCAUGGCAAGUUAAAUAAGUCUAAGAUAAAACCACUGCCAAAAAGGGGGGGCCAACUGAAAAGUGAGCAGAGUGAAGGGGUAUUGUGUAUACCUGUCAGUGUAACUGUUCGGAGAACAAAUUAAACCUUAAAGUUGACACAUUUUUAAACUGGAAUCUCACCAGAGCUAAAGAUGUAAACAUUUUGUUACGGUCAAUGUUUCAUUGUAGUAAUCAUGAUAAUUGAAAAAAAAAUAAAAAAAAUGGACAGAUGAUUUUUAAAUAAAGGACCAAGAUUCUUAUUGACUUCCAAA